UCGAAGGUAGCAAGAUGGCCGCAGCGGAGGAAGAGAGUCCUUCCAGCGCGGACCCGGAGAUGGACGAGCUUUUGGAAAGUGCCCUUGAUGAUUUCGAUAAAGCCAAACCCACCCCAGCAUCCCCUCCUACCAUCACCACCCCUGAUGCUUCAGGUUCCCAGAAGAGAUCGCCUGCAGAUACUGCUAAAGAUGCCCUCUUUGCUUCCCAAGAAUUUUUCCAAGAACUAUUUGACAGUGAGCUAGCAUGCCAAGCCACUGCAGAGUUUGAGAAAGCCAUGAAGGAGCUGGCUGAAGAGGAACCCCACCUGGUGGAGCAGUUCCAGAAGCUCUCAGAGGCUGCAGGGAGAGUGGGCAGUGAUACAACAUCCCAACAAGAGUUUGCUUCCUGUCUGAAGGAGACACUCAGUGGACUAGCAAAGAAUGCCACUGACCUUCAGAACUCUGGCAUGUCUGAAGAAGAGCUGACCAAGGCCAUGGAGGGGCUGGGCAUAGAAGAAGGGGAAGGAGAAGGCAAUAUACUCCCCCUUAUGCAGAGCAUCAUGCAGAACCUACUAUCUAAGGAUGUACUAUAUCCAUCACUAAAAGAGAUCACAGAGAAAUACCCAGAAUGGUUGCAUAGCCACCGAGAAGCACUGCCUCCAGAACAAUUUGAGAAGUACCAGGAACAGCACAAUGUCAUGGGCAAGAUUUGUGAGCAGUUUGAAAAGGAGACAGCUGCAGACAGUGAGGCCACACAGAAGGCCCGAUUUGAGAUGGUGCUAGAUCUCAUGCAGCAGCUUCAGGAUUUGGGCCAUCCCCCAAAGGAGCUUGCAGGGGAAACGCCCCCUGGCUUCAACUUUGACCUUGACACCUUGAAUCUGUCGGGCCCUGCAAGUGCCAGUGGCGAGCAGUGUCUGAUCAUGUGAAAUUCUUCACCCUUCCCAUCCCCAGCCUGAAGUCAGCAGAGUCAUCAGGGGCUGGGAGGGGUGGUGAUCCUGUGGAGGAGCUGCCUGCCUGUCCCAUUUGCCUCUUGCCCAUUUCCCCUUCCCAAGCUCCUACCCCAAAACUACUCUGCACCAGCAUGGGUCCCUCUGUAGCCACUGAGACUAUUGUUUCUGGGAAUGGGACCUAUAAUUUAAAUCGUUCUUACUGAGUCUUCUACCUACUCCCUCUCCCCCUCCUUUUCUCUGCUGCUAGUGAGGUGCCUAUCUCAACCUGCUUAAGGUUUAGGAGGGUAUCCUUUAUAGACCAUGUCUUCCCCUUCCCCCCCAAGAUAGGGUGUAUGUCUGUGUCUAUGUAUGUGUACACCUGCAUUGAUGCUCCCCUCUCUGACUCCCAGGGUCUAUGUGCCUUGUUCCCUAUUCCUUCUGGGGUCUAGGUGCUGUGCCAGUUCUGGGCAUGGGGCUAGGGGAGACCCUUGGCUUUGAACACCCAUCCUUGGUUAUCUGAUCCUCAGGGCAGAGAAGAAAUGUUAGUGUAGAAAUUAAGAGAAGGGAUAGUUGUCAUAUUCUGGCAAUAAUAGGGUCUUUUUGGCCUUUGCCAGCCAUAUGUCCUUUCCCUAAGGUGCAUGUAUACAUGAGGAAAAGAGGUGGAAAUUCAAUUCUAAGAUACUAGAUGCCUCUGUUCCUGGUCUAAACUGAGAAGCCAAAUGUUAUCCUGAAUGUACCAGUGUUGUUUCUUGUGCCUCCUGUCUCCCUUUCCCACUUGUCUCAUCCCUCUACCUUCCUUCGCCUGUGACUGAGGGGACCCCUGUUUCCCCCUUCUUAUUCAGCACAACAGCUGAUCCCCUGGCAAAUACAGAGUUGUAAAGGGUGGAGUAUGUUUCUCUCUUUAGCUGUUCUUUUGGCAGUUUUGAGAAUUCUGAUCCCCUUAAUAUCAAAAACCUUGAUUCAUGGCAGUGGCUUGGGAGAGGGCUGGCAGCUUGUCCUGUCCCAAUCCUUCCUAGUCCCCUAUGCCUUGGCUGAUGUCUAAUAAACAUCCUGAGCUAGG